AUGCUGAUAGGUCAUCCGAAUGAAGAUCCGAUAAAAAAAGAAUUAGUUCAAUUAACCGGAUCACAUACAAAAUUUGAGCAAGAAUCAAAAAUUAAAUUAGAAAAAGCAUUGAUUGAUUGUGCAGAUGCGAAUAGUCGAAGUAAAUCUCUUGAAUGUUCAUUACAAAUAGCACAAGAUGAAUUAAAACGUUUUAAUGAGCAAAAUGAACAACAGAAAGAAGAUAUUCAACAACUUGUACAAUCAGUUGAUGAACAACGUUCGUUGAUUUCAGAUAUUGAAAUACAAUUACGAGAUUCUCAAACACGAUGUACAGAUAUAGAAAUUGAAAAACAACGAAUACAAAAUGAUUUUGACGAAUAUUAUCAACGAACACAUCAUCUAGAAGAAUUACAACAGAAAUCGAUACAAAAUGGAACAGCUCAUGGUCGAUUUCAAGUUCAAUCUUCUUUACUUGAUCCAAUUAUAGAAAAUAAUAAUUCUAUUGAUAUUCCAAUAUUGAAAGAAAAUGGAGAAAAUGAAACACAUGAUGAAUCAAUAAUGCCAUUAGAUCAAAUUGAUCCUAUUAUUAAUCAUAAUCAUACAGAAAAAUAUGAUAAUAUCAAUGGACAUGAUUCUGUUAAUGAAUUAAUAGAAGCACAAAAACAAAUUGUUUUACUUCGUGAAAAUUUAAAUAAAACAAAUGAACGUAUCGUUUCUGCUGAAGAUUCGUAUCGAAGUGAACAAGAACGUUACCGUUCAUUGAUAUCCGAACAUGAAUUAGUACGUGAUGAAUUAAAUCAAUUAAAAAUUCGUUUAAAUAAAGAAAAGAAUGAUAAUAAUGAAUUAGUUCAAGAACAACAAAAUAAACUUGAUACAUUAUCAAAAUCAAUUUUAUCAAAACAAAUUGAGCAUGAUCAAUUGCUUAAUGGAAGAUAUAAUAUUCGAUUUCAUACAAUAGAAUAG